AUGGGCAAAUUCGGCUUCGGCUCCAGCCGCAAGAACGGCAAAGACGCUGACGACGACACCGACUCCCGCAACGCCCUCUUCGGUUCCCGCUCCAACAAAGACAAGCCCAGGUCUCAGAACCCCUACGCUCAGAACUCCAACAGCCCCGAUCCCUACGCCCAGAACUCCGGCUACGGCGGAGGCUACGGCGGAGGAUCCAACCCCCAAAGCGGUAGAUCCAGCCAAAGUGGCGGCUACGGCGGCCAAGGCAGUUACGGCGGCCAAAGCGGCUACGGCGCCAACAAAUACGGCGAUGAGCCCCCCUCCAACGACAGCGGCUCCCGCUACGGACCCGGCGGCUACGGCGGCAUGGGAUCUCGCCUCCCGCGGCACAACAGCAACGAGACCACCAACACCGACGCCGGUCGCAACGAGCUCUUCGGAGACCCGCAGCGCCGCAUGCAGCGCCAGGAAUCGCAGAACGCUCCGCCUACCGGCAACGCGAACGAGGGUGGCGACGGGGAGUAUGGCAGUGCGUACGCGGACCGGCAACUCACCGCGGAAGAGCAGGAGGAGGAAGACGUGCAGGCAACGAAGCAGCAGGUGCGGCAGAUCAAGCAGCAAGACGUAUCCUCGACGCGCAACGCGCUACGUCUGGUCGACCAGGCGUACCAGACAGGGAGCGAGACACUCGGGCGACUCGGCGGGCAAGGCGAGCGGCUGCAUAACACGGAGAAGAACCUCGAUCUCGCGAGCAACCAGAACCGGAUGGCGAGCGAGAAGGCCGGGGAGCUGAAGACGCUGAACCGGAGCAUGUUCGCGGUACACGUGGGCAACCCGUUCACGUCGGCGAAGCGGCAGGAGGAGGCGCAGGAGCGCAUCGUCGACACGCAUCGAAAGGAGCGGGAGCAGCGAGAGGAUACGCGGUUUGACCAGUACAAGAGCAAGGCGCGGCAGAACGAGGCGGAGAAGGAGCUCCGUGGCGCGGGGCAAGGGGAGCGCGGGCAGCCGGGCAAGGCGAGUUUGCAGGAUCGGGCGAAGUUUCAGUUCGAGGCGGACAGUGAGGAUGAGGAUAUGGAGAAUGAGAUUGAUCGGAAUUUGGACCAUUUGCAUGGCGGGGCGAGGCGGUUGAAGACAUUGGCGGGGGCGAUGGGGAGGGAGGUGGAGGCGCAGAAUCAUGUGUUGGAUCGGUUGAAUCCGAAGGUUGACCACGUCGACGACGAGAUUCAACGGAAUAAAUUCAAGUUGGACCGCAUCAAAUAA